AGUUUUCAGACGGAUUGCCUCAGACCACACUGUCUCUACUUGCCCAGCCCUGUGGAAGAUCAGCGACCAUGUAUUCCAAUGUGAUAGGAACCGUAACCUCUGGAAAAAGCAUGGGGAAUUGAGCACAUAAUACUCCAAAUAACCAUCAGUUGAUUCUAAUUCCAACAUGACCAUGUCCAGGCAACUGAACUAUCCCCUGGCAAGAAGUCUAGGACUGAACCUGCCCUGGGCCCUUGUACUUGGUUCAAAGGCUUUAACCCUUCUCUUGGUCACACCAGGAAGGUUUAUCUUUUGUCCUUGCUGCUCAUUGGCUUCUGGGACUGUGUGACCUGUCACAGGAGCCCUGUGGACAUCUGCACAGCCAAGCCACGGGACAUUCCCAUGAAUCCCAUGUGCAUUUACCGCUCCCCGGAGAAGAAGGCAACUGAGGAUGAGGGCUCAGAACAGAAGAUCCCUGAGGCCACCAACCGGCGUGUCUGGGAACUGUCCAAGGCCAAUUCCCGCUUUGCUACCACUUUCUAUCAGCACCUGGCAGAUUCCAAGAAUGACAAUGAUAACAUUUUCCUGUCACCCCUGAGUAUCUCCACGGCUUUUGCUAUGACCAAGCUGGGAGCCUGUAAUGACACCCUCCAGCAACUGAUGGAGGUAUUUAAAUUUGACACCAUAUCUGAGAAAACAUCUGAUCAGAUCCACUUCUUCUUUGCCAAACUGAACUGCCGACUCUAUCGAAAAGCCAACAAAUCCUCCCAGUUAGUAUCAGCCAAUCGCCUUUUUGGAGACAAAUCCCUUACCUUCAAUGAGACCUACCAGGACAUCAGUGAGUUGGUAUAUGGAGCCAAGCUCCAGCCCCUGGACUUCAAGGAAAAUGCAGAGCAAUCCAGAGCGGCCAUCAACAAAUGGGUGUCCAAUAAGACGGAAGGCCGAAUCACCGACGUCAUUCCCCCGGAAGCCAUCAACGAGCUCACUGUUCUGGUGCUGGUUAACACCAUUUACUUCAAGGGCCUGUGGAAGUCAAAGUUCAGCCCUGAGAACACAAGGAAGGAACUGUUUUACAAGGCUGAUGGAGAGUCAUGUUCAGCAUCUAUGAUGUACCAGGAAGGCAAGUUCCAUUAUCGGCGCGUGGCUGAAGGCACCCAGGUGCUUGAGUUGCCCUUCAAAGGUGAUGACAUCACCAUGGUCCUCAUCUUGCCCAAGCCUGAGAAGAGCCUGGCCAAGGUGGAGAAGGAACUCACCCCAGAGGUGCUGCAGGAGUGGCUGGAUGAGUUGGAGGAGAUGAUGCUGGUGGUCCACAUGCCCCGCUUCCGCAUUGAGGACAGCUUCAGUUUGAAGGAACAGCUGCAAGACAUGGGCCUUGUCGAUCUGUUCAGCCCUGAAAAGUCCAAACUCCCAGGUAUUGUUGCAGAAGGCCGGGAUGACCUCUAUGUCUCAGAUGCAUUCCAUAAGGCAUUUCUUGAGGUAAAUGAAGAAGGCAGUGAAGCAGCUGCAAGUACCGCUGUUGUGAUUGCUGGCCGUUCGCUAAACCCCAACAGGGUGACUUUCAAGGCCAACAGGCCUUUCCUGGUUUUUAUAAGAGAAGUUCCUCUGAACACUAUUAUCUUCAUGGGCAGAGUAGCCAACCCUUGUGUUAAGUAAAAUGUUCUUAUUCUUUGCACCUCUUCCUAUUUUGGUUUGUGAAUAGAAGUAAAAAUAAAUACAACUACUUCCAUCUCACAUUAUAAAUGGACUCUGCAUUUGAAAUGAAGACAAGGAAAGGGGAAACAUGCUAUUGGGGCAUUUGGUAAAAUGAUGCCUUCAAGUUGUUCUUUACCCAGUAACCACAUAUGGAUCAAGAAAAUGAGGGAGAGAGCGAUAAAAGAUGGUAGAGAGCCAGAAAGGGAAGGGAGAGUGAAUUCUGAGUAUUUCCAUCACACUAAAACAUAUCAAAAAUUUAAACAAAUUAGUUUCUAUAUAUAGAAAAGACAGAUUCAAAUCUGAGUAUUAAACCAUUUAAUUCUCAAACCACUCACAUGCAUAAUGUUCUUUUACACAGUGUUAAAAUAAAGGGGAAAAUGCAUUUUUAUACAAACAGAAUUUCAAGUAUACAUUAAUAGACUUCUCAGAUUACUAACCAAGUUGCUAAGAUUUCAUUCACAUUGUUCUUAAAGCUGUUCAACGAGAAAGCUUUUGCUAAACUGCUUUAAAUAUGUUUAUAUAAACCCAUAUUUUCACUCUUUCUUUGAAUCUCCCUCCCCCAACCCGAGUCUCUGCCCACCCUCCUGCCCUCCCACCUUCCCCGACAUGACAGGGGUCCUGGGGCUCUAGGAGACAUGCAACCCCACCAAGAACUAUUGGCUUGUCUUCAGGGGAAGGACAGAAUCUUACAGGAGGAGAGACUGAGAACACCUGUCAAAUGAAGGGAGAACAAAUCUGAUACUUAGAAAUGACACAAAUCAGGAUAUCUUAAGAGUCUUUGUGUUUUCACUUGAUUUUUAAUUUAAAAAAUCUCAGCCGCCCACAAACCACCACCAAAAUUUCUGACAAAUUGGUAGCUGUGAAAAUAAUCUUAGGUAGUUUUUCCCCAGUGAAACUUCCAAAAUCAGGACAGGUAUUUAGAACCCUUUUUCAAUUUGGUGGUUCUUUUUCCCUUUGGCAUGGAGUGGGGGCCACUUAAAAGUGGAUGUUAUUACUUGUGUGUUUACAUUAAGAAAUUUGGUUCAUUUCACAGGGUCUGGUAAGAGUUCUCCCUCCUUAACUCUCCUCCUGAAGUAAUCUGGUUUCAGGGCCAGGAACAGCCACUCUCCUUAGGAAUUAAAGUGCAUUUUUUUUUCAGUAAAGGGAAAGAGGGGGAGGUGGUGGUUUACACUUAAGUGAUGAUUAAAGUAGGGUUGGGUGAGAGAAAAUCCUACUCCUAUAUAUAGGUAUUUAUAAUUAAGGUCAUAAUAAAAACUGAUAUUCUUAGGAAAUAAGAUGCACAAAGCCAGUCUAGCACCCUCAGUGGUGCAAGAGCACUAUUCUGGUUCACUGACUUUCCCGAGGCAUCUUUACUAUUAAUGGAGUAACUGCUUCAGAUAAAAAGACACAAAUCUCAAACAUUAGUUUUUUUCAAAGGGAAAAAACAGACUGGUAGGUUCUUACAGCUAAAAAUACUCUAUUCCAUUCCCUUUCAGGGAUAACAUUUUAGAAACUGAUUGUCUGUUUUAAUACGAAUCCUCCUUGAUUAGCAAGUUGUAAAAAAUAUUAGAUAAAUUUGUUGUUUACAAAUAUUAUGGUAGCCUUUAGAAACUUGGGAAGAGGUGGGCGUAGUUGAUCCUUGCUAUUAAUCAAUAUCAACUGAGAGGAAGUGAAAUUUUCCUAUGAUCUCUUUAUUUGAUCGCUACCAUCAGAAUCUUAUUUUCUGACUAGUUUAAAUGCUUUACAAUUUCUUCUUGGGUUAAAAACCCAAGAGUUUCCCAUAGAGAAGUAAAUGCUACAUUAACAGCUAUACAAAGAUGUGAUGGGCUCAAGAUGAGAAGGGGGAUCUUGUCCUGGAUUCUGGCCUCUGAGUCCAGUGUGAUCUGCUUUUCACAGUGACCAGUGUGAAGGCACAGUGCCAGGGACAGGUAGAUGGGGACAGCUGUCACCCAUCAUAUAAGCACCAUAGAGAACAGCUGGAUAGAUUUCUUUCAGACUAUGUCCAUCUGAAGGAAAUCAAAUUUCUGCUACAUUGACUUUUCUGUCUUUGAGCCCUCAGCCUUUCUUUUCCUUUCAGAGGCAGAGCAGAGCGGGUCCCAUUCAGAAAUUAUGAGGAGCCUAGAAACCUAAAUGUUCUUUCAAUGUACUCAUUUAGAAAGAAAUGCCAAAAAUAGAGUUCUAGGCCAAGCACAGUGGCUCAUGCGUGUAACUUUGGGAGUCCUAGGUGGGAGGAUCGCUUGAGCCCAGGAGUUUGAGACCAGCCUGGGCAACAUAGUGAGACUCUGUCUCUAAAAGAAAAUAGA